AUGGAUGGAACCAACAACAGCUCUCAAAAAGGAUUUCUUCUCCUGGGAUUUUCAGAUCAGCCCCAGCUCGAAAGAAUCCUCUUUGUCAUCAUACUGCUGUUUUACAUCUUGAAUCUUCUGGGGAACACUGCCAUCAUUUUAGUGUCAUAUGUGGAACCCAAACUCCAUACGCCAAUGUACUUUUUCCUCAGCAACUUAUCUUGUGUGGACAUCUGCUUCACGACGAGUGUUGCCCCACAGCUGCUGGCUACCAUGAAUAACAAAGAUAAAUCCAUGAGCUAUGGCGGGUGCGUCGCGCAGCUGUAUGUGGCCAUGGGCUUGGGGUCCUCAGAGUGUAUUCUCCUGGCAGUCAUGGCCUAUGACCGCUAUGCUGCUGUCUGCCGUCCUCUGCAUUACACAACCAUCAUGCAUCCUCAGCUCUGUGCAUCCCUGGCCGGGACAGCAUGGCUCAGUGGCCUAGUCACUUCCUUAAUUCAGUGCUCACUCACUGUCCAGUUGCCCUUAUGUGGUCACCGUAAUCUGGACCACAUUUUCUGUGAGGUGCCAGUGUUGAUCAAACUAGCCUGUGUGGACACCACCUUCAACGAGGCAGAGCUCUUUGUGGCCAGUGUGGUCUUUCUAAUUGUCCCUGUGUCUCUCAUUUUAGUAUCAUAUGGCUUUAUAACCCAAGCUGUGCUGAGGAUCAAAUCAGCUGCAGGGCGCAGGAAGGCUUUUGGGACUUGUUCGUCCCACUUGAUUGUGGUCAUCAUUUUCUAUGGGACUAUUAUCUUCAUGUAUCUUCAACCCGCCAAAAGCAAGUCCAAAAACCAGGGAAAGUUUGUCUCCCUUUUCUACACCAUAGUCACUCCACUUUUAAAUCCUAUUAUUUAUACUUUGAGAAACAAAGAUGUGAAGGGGGCUUUGAAGACUCUGGUAAUGGCAAAUAUUCUAGGGUAA